CGAUCGGUGCGCUGCAAGCUUUUGUCCUCCUUUAGAAACGGCAGGGCACCCACCAGUUGCUGCCCACCGCAGCGAACGCCUCGCACCAAAUGGAUCCCAACGCCCAGCUGCUUCCACAACCGGGCUUUGCCCAGCCCUACACAGUGCAUGUGGCAGGUCCCAAUGAUCCCCAUGCCCAGCCCCAAAUGGGCUUGGCCAACCUCGCCGCCUUGGCCGCGGCCGCGGUCGAUCUUGCGCCGGAGCCUGCUGCCGAUCCUGCGCAGGCCAGGCCCGCCGCCUUCUUCGAGCUCCAGAAACUCCAGAAAGAGAUCGCGGCCGUGUAUACAACACCCGGCUACGGCAAGAACACCCGGAUUGACGACGUGAGAUCCAUUAUAGAGAAAUACGGGUUUACAAAUCGUGGUAAAUCUUGGAAACGAGACGGGAUAAGACUCUAUCCACCUGAACAUUUCCCCCCAUUGCGGGGAAGUGCCAUGCGCUCUUUUAAUGGAAUCAAGACCUACCUCGAUUCCGCGCUCGCCGCAGCCUCGCCGAGCCACCCCUAGUUUCAACACGCACGCAACGCGGAGGGUCGGCCGCGUUGUGAAGUGGCAAGAGCUCCGACGUUCGCCGGAACUGAUGUGAACACGGCAUGCUCUCGGCACGGCCUCUAGGCGCGGCCCCUUCCCCGCCCUCGCUAAUGUUGUCAUGUUAAUCACUAC